AUGGACUCGGAGGGAAUAAUUAAGGCUAUCGAUGAUUUGAAGACUGCUUUAAAGGGUGAUAAUGCAAAGCUGCAACAAAAUAUUGACCAUCUGGGACAUGAGAUCAACGGUAAGCUGGACAAUAUUGCUACUGAGGUCCAGGGCCUGACAGAACGGGUUGACGAGGCGGAGACCCGUGUUCAUCAGGUGGAGACCUGGGCAAAGGAGGCAACCGAGGCGCUGUGCAUGUGCAUCGAACAACAGAGGAAAACACAGCUUAAGUCGGAGGAGCCGGUGACAGCUGACGGGGGGUCCGGAGCAGAGGCGAGUCUCCGGGCGCUGCUGGGCUGGCAGCCGGUGGAGAGCAGCGGCGCGGCGGUCGCGCUGAGAGCCAAGAACAAACUGCAGGAUUUCCAGCGGAGCAUGGCCGAGUGA